AUGCAUGGUCCCCGAGCACAGGUUCUGUACUACGAGAUGAGUAAGAAGAGCUGGAAGUUUACUAAGACUUCACCCUCACCUAGACUUAUUCCCGAGUGGAAGAAUUUGAAAUCCACCAUCCAUGAUAUCUUGAAGGGCAGUGAGGUUUAUGAAGAAGUCAAGAAAAAUGUGUCUGUCUUGAGUGACAUGCCCCAGAUUCUGCACCACGAGUCAUAUAAUUUACAGAAAACGCCUUUCGUGAACUUCUACUCCCUGGACACCAACUAUGUUGUCGCCUUUAACUGGUUGGAACACCAUGAGAAACAGACACACGCAGUACUGUGGACAGAGGGAAAAGGUAUAAAAGAGAAAAGGAAGCUCACGAAGAUGAAAUAUCCAAUGACGGAUGAUGUUCCGCCCAUCACAGCCAUGGUCCACGUGGCAUCCUAUUGCCUGUUAAUAGCUUAUUGUGACGAUAUGCGCCUGCGGCUCUUUGGAGACCACCACCAGGAGUUCAUAGCUCUGAGUACAGUGCCCUGUCAUUUCUUCGUCAGUUGUCUCUGCUAUGACUCAGAGAGUGAGGUGCUCUCUUCGGGUACUUUGGGAGCUGUGGUUACCUGGUUCAUUGUAGCAAAUGGCAAAGGCCUCCAGAUGGCUCACAGAGUAACCCUGAGUGGCCAUGAGCAGGUACAGGACUUGUACAUGAGCACAAGCAUGGGCUCCCUGGUAGCUUUGUGUGAGAGUGUAGUGAGAGUUUUUACCCACAAUGCUCAAGGCCAGCUUAAAGAAGUGAAGACGUUCACUCUCCUAUCCAGUGGCUUCUCCCUUACCUGCUCCUGUAGCUGUAUGCCACAGAACACCUUCUACGCUGGGAACAAGAAUGGAGAGGUUCUUGCUUGGAAUUUAGAUAGCAGUAAGUUCCUCAAUAGUUUCAUGGCCCACCCUUCAUCUGUGCUAUCCAUCUACAGUCGGCCUGAGACCUACACCUUGUUCACAGCAGGCAGCGAUGGUAUGUUGAAGGAGUGGAACCUCACCUCUGGGAACUUGUUGAGGCAGCUUACUGUCGGCACCGAUCUACAGCGGCUGCACUUUAUUGAUAGCAGCACGUUUUUCUGCCAGAGCACGUCUAGUUUCUCCCUGUACUUAUUGCCCCACUUUUACAAUCUCUUCAACAUCUGUGGCUCUGCCCCCCAGAAGAUACAACGGGUCUUCUGUGGCCGUAACUGUACUCGUAUCUUGUGUGCCACAGAGGACAGUUUACUGCGCUUCCUGUCUCCAGUAACCGGGGACCUCCUCAUUGUCACCUGGCCCCUGCUGGCCAUGGAUCAGGCUGUGGCUUGGGCCUAUCACUCAGAGAGAGAGGAGCUCUUUGUGGCAAUCGGCAGCUCGGAGCUGCUAGUGUUUGAUGCUACACGUUCCCCCUGUCCAGCCAAGUAUCUCUUGUGCACUUCGGAAAACUACAAAGACAAAAUAAAAUGCCUGGCUUAUGGGGGGUCUCAUUUGGUCGACAGUAAAAAGGGGCUGAUGUUCUGUGGGUACGAGAGCGGCAUUGUGAGAAUCCUAUCCCAGGGCUGUUCUGUCAGGACGGAGAGGACUGUUCACUCUGGGGCAGUGUUGGCAUUAUGUACACCAGAGGAUUCUGAAGAGGGUUCCUUGGUGUGUUCCUAUGGUAAGGACAACUACAUACACCUCACAAAGGUGGUGCAUUCAGAGAGGAGAAUGGACCUGCAGCCUGUGACUGCAAUAGUCUGUGUUUGUCCCUUAAAACAUGUGGUACUCCUGCCAGGUUCUGUGGGUGCCAUAACUGAGCACUCCUGCUGGUUUCUCUGGCAUUAUCAAGAUUUUACAAAGGCAGCUUCACCGUCUAAUGUCAUGGUGAGACACACGAACUCCCUGCAUGAAUGUGCUAUCACUUCAUUUGACGUCUGCCUCUCCCUGAAACUCUUUGUCACGGGAGCCACGGAUGGAUCAGUCCGGGUCUGGGACUUCCGUGGGAAACUCAUAGCUCAGUUUGAAUCCGAACUGCAUUUUAGUUCACCCUGCUUUGCCAAUAGUCGAGGUGACCUGCUCUUGACUUUCGACCAAAGCAUCUACAUAGUGUCCUGCUUAAAGCUGCUCCCUCUCAGUUACCUGAUAAACUUAAACACUUUAACCUUUGAAGAAGAUAUGAUAGAGACCCCCAGGCCCUUCCUUCCCAGCUUCUUCUUUCUGUUUGAAUUGAUAUUUGUACCCAAAUUCAUGUACAUGGAACAAAGUGUUCAAGAACUCCAGGGGCUAGAGACUCUUAUCAACAAACGGGCCAUUGCUUUUGAUGACAUUGUGCCCCAUGUUGUAGAGGAGGGCAGACAUACUUCCACCACAAUGCAGGAGAGAACUAGGUUGCGCUUUGAGCAUGAAAAAUUCGUCGAUUUCUCCACUUCUGACUCCAAGAUGAAGUACUCUGAUGCCGCCCCUGCUCAGUUAAAGGUACCUGCCUGGGAUGGGCUGAACCCCUACCGGUUACUCCAAGGCUUCUUUGGAAAAGGGCAGAAAUGGCCCUUCGCUCCAGAUUGCUACAUUCCUAACUCAGUGAUCCGUGCCCGCCUUUGGCCUGAUGGUACCCCGGUCUUCCUGCGCUAUGAUCUGUGCUUAUUGUAUGAAGAGAUGGCUGGGGAGGUACCUGAACCAUUGAGACUCCACCCAGUGCCAUCCCUGAGUCCAGAUGAUAUGGAAAUGCAAACUAGAAAACUGAAGGAUGUAUACCAGGAGCAGAAAAGAGAAUCCUAUGGCAUUCUUGAAAGGAUGUCCAAUAAAAGCUGGGUAGGGAAAAAAUUUAGUGAUGGAAUUAUAGAAAAUAUGGUAGAGACCAUUCUCAACCUCACAGUUUUCUGUUCUACAGAAAAAUACAAGAAAUAUUUCAAUGCCCUGGCAGAGAUCUUUAUCAUUCACCAAGUCCCUUCAAGGAUGCGUAUUGAGACAGCCUGUCGCCUGCUCAAAGAUAUAACUCACUACAACGCCAGUAUCCGGGAGCUGGCCUGGGAAAUGCUAGAGAGGCUAGGCUUCAUAAGCCAGGUUUUUACUGUUCCCCUGAUCAUGGGGUUGAUGGACAGUGAGAAGGCUGUGCGGGCCAAGGUCGUACAACUUUUGUCCAAGUACACAGGCAUCCAAAGCAAGGCUAUGCUGUUACACCAGCUAAGACAACCACACGUCUUCCAUGAAUUGCAUGAAGAAGUGGCGGAUGGUUUUUCUCUGAGUCACAUACUGAAGGUUCAGGAAACUGACUUGCAGGACCUGCGUGGGUGCAUAAAGGAGCGGCUAAAUGAAGACCUGAGCUUGUCAAACAGAGCUGGCUCCCUUCGCUUUUCUAUUGAUUUGGAGAAGGACCUGGAGAUGGCUGUCAAGGAAUCAAUUAUGUCUGUGUCAGGCUCUAAAAUGGUUGAUGGGCUGAAGAAAAGAAAGAAACAUGUUCAGAACAAGACCAGAAAGAUUGGUAUUUACGGGAAUGGUCAUGAGGGUGAUGGGUGGGACCUAUUUGGGGCUAAUAAGGCAAAGGGACAUAAAAAAAAAGCAGCCCAGCGAAGGGGGAGGGUCUGGCUCACAGGAAGCAGUCUCCCAGAAACCAAUGCCAAGGUCAAAGCAUGGAUAAAAGCAUUUAUAAACUCUAACACUUCAGUCCUCUUCGCCUUGGUGCUCUGUCUGAAGCUCACUAAACUAGUUAUCACAGCAGACAUCACCCCCCACGGCUUCUCACUGUUUCUCUCCAAAUAUCCCACAGUUAGAAGAACCCUGAAGAUAUCCAAGAGAAGCAAGAAGGCAGGCUUGUUAAAGGAGCCUUUAGAGACUGCAGCUGAACCAAGAAAGGGCAGGAGAGUCUUGCAAGCUGACACCAAGGAUGGUUUCCUAAUGCCAGAGCUGCCUCUCAGCUAUGACAAAACCCAGGAAGAAACCCAGGAAGCAACAGAAGUCAAAGAGGAAUUAGUAGACAAAGGGGCCUUGGGAGUCAAAAGAGCCUUGGCAGUCAAAGGAGCCUUGGCAGUCAAAGGAGCCUUGGCAGUCAAAGGAGCCUUGGCAGUCAAAAGGGCCUUGGGAGCCAAAGAGGCCUUGGGAACUGAAGAGAUCUUGGGAGCCAAAGAGGCCUUGGGAACUGAAGAGAUCUUGGGAGCCAAAGAGGCCUUGGAAGAUGAAGAGGCCUUGGCAGCUCUGGGAGCCACAGACAAGGAUGUGGCCCUUAAGUCAAAAACCCAGACUGACUUUACAAAGCCUUGGAAAACGGAAAAAGAAAACAUAGCACAAGAGGAGUCAAAAGAGAGUAUUUCAGAAGCUCUUAGAAAACUCCAAAAGAAAUUACCACCCCCUACUGAGCUAGACAAAGACAAGGGGAUUAAAAAAAGUCGUGGAAUAGGAGGGAUUCCCGGACGUAUGAUCUCUCGACAAGAGAGGAAGUCUUGGCGAGAGGAUAUUUGCCACCUUGUCACUUCAAGGAUAGCAACUUCUCAUCCAGGGAUGGAAAGGGAUCUAGGGAAAGAACUGGAGGACUUUGCUGAUAUGGUGCUUACUGACCAACCCAGCUGGGAUUUCUUCACAGACCUAUGUCCCUGGAGAAGGGUCUCAUUUACACAACCAUCGGAACCUGAGGCAGCCAUGCAGGAACGACCUGUCCGUAAAAGAAAGGUGCCUAAAAGAGCGAUCAAGGGGGAAGUAACAACAGCUGCAGAUCAAGAGGGAACAAGCAUUCAGAAGAAACGUGUCAUUUCUCCAAAAGACAAGACAAAGAAGACAGAUUUCUUAGACAGUCAGGAGAUCUUAGAGAAAAAGAAGCCUAAAACGACAGCAGGAAAACAAGACAAAAGAAAACAGGAGAUAAUUGAAGACAAAAGGGAGUUGACAGAGAUUGAAGAGAAAAAGAGAUUGAUAAAGUUCAAUGAAACAAAGGAGAAGGGGAAGUUAGUUAUAGAGGAAAAGAAACCAACCAGUCCAGAGAAGGAACCAGAGGAGGAGAAGUUAAUCACAGAGAAAGAGAGAUCAGUUCAACCAGAGCAAAAAACAAAGGAGAAGGAAAAGUUAAAGUUAAUCACAGAGGAAGAGAAGUCAAUCAGUCCAGAGAAGGAACCAGAGGAGGAACCAGAGGAGGAACCAGAGGAGGAACCAGAGGAGGAACCAGAGGGGGAAACAAAGGAGGAGAAGAGGAAGUUAAUCACAGCAAAAAUGAAACCAACUGGUCCAGAGGAGGAAACAAAGAAGGAGAAGGCGAAAGCACUAAGUUCAAUACCUUCAAAGAAGACAGAUAUGCUGGAAGAAGAGAGGCUAUCCACUAUGAGAAUUUAUGACCAUGAAGGGGAAGUGCUUAAGAAACAGGAGUUGAAAACUGAAGAAGAGAGAGAGAAGGCUGAGGAAGAAGGUGAUGUGGUGACAGAGGAAGGCCAGUUGGAAGAGGACUACAGGCUGUUAGAGGAGUACAAAGAGGCUUUCCUGGAUAAAACCCAGGUAGAGACACUGCUGAAAAGGGUCCAGGAGGCAGAGCUCCUAGCGCAAAGUCAACUAGUAGAGCUUCUCAGGCAUUUCGAGGUGGGCAAGCUGGGAAAGAUCCAGCUGAAGGGUCUGCUGGAGAGUAUCAGGGAAUGGGUUGAGGAGGAAAUAGAGGAAGAAGCAGGGGGGAGGUACCUGAAGGAGGAGGUCAGUUUUGGUGAAGAGGACUCACAGAAACUGACUGAAGAACAGAGGAAAAGGAGGCUGAUCCUAAAAAGGAAACGGGAAAAGAGGUUGGCGAAGAAGAAAAAGCGUCUGCGUGCACAGGAAGGCCUGGGUAAAGAGAAGAAGGAGGAACAGUUCAUCCAGGAAGAGUUGGGGCUCCCUGGAGAGGAGGACAAGGCCAGGGAACUAGAGAAAGGGAUUCUCAGUGAAGAAGAAGAGAGCCUGGCCCAGGAAAGUCCAAGUGAGGCAAUCCAAAGUAGAAAAAUUCAGAGCAAGGAAAGCCAGAAAAAGAAAAUGCCAGUUGAGGAAAGGCUAAGGGAUGAGGAAUGGAGUCUUGGUGAAGGGCAGAGCCUGAGAGAACUGCUGAGUCUCAGUGAAUACGAGAGUCUCAGUACAGAGGAACUGAGUCUCAGUGAAGAAGAAGGCCUGACUCAGAAACAAGAAACCGUCCACUUGGAUCGUUUGGCCAAGACUUACAGGGAAAAGCUGGCUCAGCAGCUCUCAACUGCCAUCAAUGGCACAGAGACCCUUUGUCCAACUGGAAGGGAUGUUUUCAGAGAUGACUAUCCCACUGUGGAUAGAAAGUCCCUGGCCUUGAUGUUCAAAGACUUCCCAGACUCAAGAAAAAGGAUAGAGAUCCCCACAUUUUCCAAGAGAAGGAAGAAAGUGCCUAAACCUGGACCACUGUUACCACUGAUCACCAGUAGGACUACAGACUUAAAGGAGGUAAAUUGGCAACUCUUCAAUGAGUCACAUAGAAGCGCCCGUAGGCAGCAGUUAUUGGAUUCUCUCAAAGAGAUUGAGACGCGACAAUUUUACCCUGCCCAGAGAAACAUUCUCACCGGGGCCCAUGUAUCCGUAGACAGACAAACGUUGGCACUGCUGCUUCAAAAGGAACUCAAGGCUUUAAAGAAGAAAAGCAGGUACCCCAGACUGGGCAAAUUGAAGCAGACAAUGGCAGUCUCAGAGGAGAAAGAAGCACUACCUUCAUGGGACAUAUUUGUGGCACUCUACCAUGUUCUGCGGAUGCUACAGCAGCGGUAUGCCAAAGACAGGGCUACUUGGAUGGAAAACUUUUACCAGCUCAUGGACCUAUACCAGAUUAAGUCGCCCCGAAUCCAGAGGCUGCUGCUGCAACUGCUAUUGAGCCAAGAAACUCAACCCCACGAGCUCGUCUCUAAAGAGGCUCUGAAGGCCCUGGAGCUAGUGCCUGGGGAAAGGCUGUACUAUCAUCUGGAGAUAGGAGGACAUCCCGACCAGAUCCCCUAUAUCAUCGUCUGGCAGGACUUGGUCCAGAAUCCCCCACCUUGGGUUAAGCCUUGGGCCAUGGGGUCUGGGGUGACGGUGGCGGUUGCAGAAACCAAACCUAAGCUGGCCCAACCGUCGGCUGGUCCUUCGGCACCUCCGAAGAUCUACCCUGAGAUUGAGGACCUCUCGUGGACAGAGUCACAACCUCCCCCUUACCCUCUACCACGACCAUCCGCACCCCCUGCCCCAGCACCUGUUGAGAGAGACGGGGUAGAGGGGCCUGCGGCGGGGACGCGGAGUCGGAGAGGGGGGAUGUGGACCUGA